GCCGGCGGAGAUGAGGCUGCGGCGGCCGCGGCUCCGGCAGCCCCGGCGGUGGCUGCGGUGGGGGGCGGCCGGAACCCGGGCCUUGAGGCGCGGCGGCGGCGGCGGCGGAGGAGGCAAGCGCUGCCCCGGCCGCUGCACGGGCUCCCCUUCCUCUUUAGCGCAGUCAGGAAGUUUGGCGCCCUGUGCAUGUGUGCGCGUGAGUGUGGGUGUGCGCGGCCAGCUCGGGUAGCGUUUCUGCAGGCGCUGGGCUUUUUUGCCCGCGUCGCUUCCCGUAAGCCAGCCGCCGCGGAGCUUGGGCUGUGGCCGGAGGAGGGGGCGCGGCGGCGGGCGCUCUCCUUUUGUUGUUGUUUCCUCUGCUUGGAAAGCUGCAAGGGGACGCGCCUGGGUGGGGCGGCUCGCAGCCCGGGCCUGCUGGCCCCCGGGGCUCCCGGGCGGCCGGGGUAGCUAGAGGAGAGCGGGCUUCAACAUGAUGGCGGCCGAGGCCGGCAGUGAGGAAGGCGGCCCGGCGACCGCGGGGGCCGGAGGCGGCGCGGCCGCGGGCUCCAGCGCCUACCCGGCUGCGUGCCGGGUGAAGUUACCCGCGGCCCUGCCGGUGGCCGCCGCCCCCUGCCCAGGGCUGGCGGACACCGACCUGGCUGCGGCCCUGGGCGGUGGAGCCGCGUUGGGGUCCGGGUUCCUUGGGACGGGGCCAGUGGCGGGUGUCCUGGGGGGCGCCGCGCUGCCCGGAGGCGCUGCUGCUGGCGUGGCGGGUGCUGCUGCUGCCGGACCUGCCGGAGAUGUUGCUUUCACCAAGGGGACUCUGUCGUUGGCUGCUGAGACCCUCGGGCCGGGUGGCGGGUUCCCUCCUCUGCCGCCGCCUCCUCUGCUGCCCCCUUUGGGCUCCGGCCUGGGGACGGUGGAUGAAGGUGACUCCCUGGAUGGACCAGAAUAUGAGGAGGAAGAGGUGGCCAUACCGCUGACCGCACCUCCAACUAACCAGUGGGUAUCAUGGAAAACUCGAAUAGAACUCAUAGACGAAAGAGAACGCCUUAGGCAGGCAGGGAAAAUCUGGAGCUACCUUAUAAGAGAGAGCGAUCGGAGGCCGGGGUCCUUUGUACUUUCAUUUCUUAGCCAGACAAAUGUCGUCAACCAUUUUAGGAUUAUUGCUAUGUGUGGAGAUUACUACAUUGGUGGAAGGCGUUUUUCUUCACUCUCAGACCUAAUAGGUUAUUACAGUCAUGUUUCCUGUUUACUUAAAGGAGAAAAAUUACUCUAUCCCGUUGCACCACCAGAGCCAGUAGAAGAUAGAAGACGUGUUCGAGCCAUUCUACCCUAUACAAAAGUACCAGAGACUGAUGAAAUAAGUUUUUUAAAAGGAGAUAUGUCAUUUUCACAUGAAUUAGAAGAUGGAUGGAUGUGGGUUACAAAUCUAAGAACAGAUGAACAAGGCCUUAUUGUUGAAGACCUAGUAGAAGAGGUGGGCCGGGAAGAAGAUCCACAUGAAGGCAAAAUAUGGUUCCAUGGGAAGAUUUCCAAACAAGAAGCUUAUAAUUUAUUGAUGACAGUUGGCCAGGUCUGCAGCUUUCUUGUGAGGCCUUCAGAUAAUACUCCUGGUGAUUAUUCCCUGUAUUUUCGGACCAAUGAAAAUAUUCAGCGAUUUAAAAUUUGUCCAACACCUAAUAACCAGUUUAUGAUGGGAGGCCGAUAUUAUAACAGUAUUGGGGACAUCCUAGAUCACGGAAAGAACGAGUAUGUUGAAGGCUAUUAUCUUAAGGAGCCUGUACCAAUUCAGGAUCAAGAACAAGUACUCAAUGAUGCAGUUGAUGGAAAGGAAAUCUAUAAUACAAUUCGUCGUAAAACAAAGGAUGCCUUUUAUAAAAACAUUGUUAAGAAAGGUUACCUCCUGAAGAAGAGCAAAGGAAAACGCUGGAAAAAUUUAUAUUUUAUCUUAGAGGGCAGUGAUGCCCAACUUAUUUAUUUUGAAAGUGAAAAACGAGCUACAAAACCAAAAGGGUUAAUAGAUCUCAGUGUAUGUUCCGUCUACGUUGUCCAUGAUAGUCUAUUUGGCAGGCCAAACUGUUUUCAGAUAGUAGUUCAACACUUUAGUGAAGAACAUUACAUCUUUUACUUUGCAGGAGAAACUCCAGAACAAGCAGAGGAUUGGAUGAAAGGCUUGCAAGCAUUUUGCAGUUUACGAAAAAGUAGUCCAGGGACAUCUAAUAAACGUCUUCGUCAGGUCAGCAGCCUUGUUUUACAUAUUGAAGAAGCCCACAAGCUCCCAGUAAAACACUUUACUAAUCCAUAUUGUAACAUCUACCUGAAUAGCGUCCAAGUAGCAAAAACUCACGCAAGGGAGGGGCAAAACCCAGUAUGGUCAGAGGAGUUUGUCUUCGAUGAUCUUCCUCCUGACAUCAAUAGAUUUGAAAUCACGCUUAGUAAUAAAACAAAGAAAAGCAAAGAUCCAGAUAUCUUAUUUAUGCGUUGCCAGUUGAGCAGGUUACAGAAAGGACAUGCCACAGAUGAAUGGUUUCUGCUCAGCUCCCAUAUACCACUAAAAGGUAUUGAACCAGGAUCCCUGCGUGUUCGAGCACGAUACUCUAUGGAAAAAAUCAUGCCAGAAGAAGAGUACAGUGAAUUUAAAGAGCUUAUACUACAAAAGGAACUUCAUGUAGUCUAUGCUUUAUCACAUGUAUGUGGACAAGACCGAACACUACUUGCCAGCAUCCUACUGAAGAUUUUUCUUCAUGAAAAGCUUGAAUCAUUGUUGUUAUGCACACUAAAUGACAGAGAGAUAAGUAUGGAAGAUGAAGCCACUACCCUAUUUCGAGCUACAACUCUUGCUAGUACCUUGAUGGAGCAGUAUAUGAAAGCCACUGCCACACAAUUUGUUCAUCAUGCUUUGAAAGACUCCAUUUUAAAAAUAAUGGAAAGCAAACAAUCAUGUGAGUUAAGUCCAUCAAAGUUAGAAAAGAAUGAAGAUGUGAACACUAAUUUAGCACACCUAUUGAACAUACUUUCAGAGCUUGUGGAGAAAAUAUUCAUGGCUUCAGAAAUACUCCCACCGACACUGAGAUAUAUUUAUGGGUGUCUGCAGAAAUCUGUUCAGCGUAAAUGGCCUACAAAUAACACCAUGAGAACAAGAGUUGUUAGUGGUUUUGUUUUUCUUCGGCUUAUCUGCCCUGCUAUCCUGAGUCCACGGAUGUUUAAUAUCAUUUCAGAUUCCCCAUCUCCUAUUGCUGCAAGAACACUGACAUUAGUGGCUAAGUCUGUGCAGAAUUUAGCAAACCUUGUGGAAUUUGGAGCUAAGGAACCUUAUAUGGAAGGUGUUAAUCCAUUCAUCAAAAGCAAUAAACAUCGCAUGAUCAUGUUUUUAGAUGAACUUGGGAAUGUACCUGAACUUCCGGACACUACAGAACAUUCUAGAACUGACCUGUCUCGUGACUUAGCAGCCCUGCAUGAGAUUUGUGUAGCUCAUUCAGAUGAACUGAGAACACUGAGUAAUGAGCGUGGUGCACAGCAGCAUGUACUGAAAAAACUUCUGGCUAUAACAGAACUGCUUCAACAAAAACAAAACCAGUAUACAAAAACCAAUGAUGUCAGGUAGCAGCCUGGUGUUCUGCAUGGAUCAGCACCCCAACAUGGGAAUUCACAUCACUAUGUCUCCUUUGCUCUUGCCAAAAAAUAAAUAAAUAAAAAAGAGAAAGAAAAAAAUUAGCACACCUUUCCACAUUCCAGUGAUGUGUAAGCUAUGCAAACAAAAACCCAAGAUUCUGCUGGCUAAUAACUGCCAGCACCUUUGUAAGCUAUCUGUGCAGAAUAUUUGCACUUUUUCCACAUGGAAUCUUUACCAAACUCUGAGCCUUGGUGUACAGUUCAACUUUCACAAUAAAGAAAAAAAGCUAUGUCUUGAACUUUGAAAAUCUAUUUUCAGUAUAUCCAAUUGCCAAAGUUUUGUUGUCUUUUGGAAAAUGAACUAUGAAAUCAACUGACAAGAAAACGCAUUCUAUUGACAACAGAAUUUAACUGGAUUGCAGACUGUUCUUACUUCUUACGAAUAUGACCAUUUGACUGUUCACUGAAUUUAUUUGUAUUUACAGUUUCCAGAGUUUGACAUUAUAAUAGGAACAAUCUUGCUGUAUACUUUUUAAAAAUACUGUGCUAUUCUUCCUGGAACUGUUGAAAAACAAUAUAUAGAAUGGAUGAAUAUAUGCUCAUCAGCUUUAUUUUUUAAACAUACCACUUAUUUUGUUGAAAUUGUCAAAGACUGUAUUUAGAUUUCAUGGUUUUGUUAAAAUGUUUACAAGUAAAUAGUUUAAAUUCAAUAAAUAUUAUUGGUCAUUGUACCAAUCAAUGCAUGUUACCCAUUUGACCAUUUUAUAGAUUACUGAUGUCUUUUAUGUUUAGACAAACUGCUAGAAUACUUGUGUCUAUCCUAAGAUUUUUUUUGUUACUCUAUUAUGCAGAUAACCUCAUCAGCCACUUAACAACUUAUACAUCUCUGAACUUCUUGUACGUGUUUUACUGCUGGAUAAUUUAGUUUGUAUAGUUCAUCUGCUCUUAUGUUUGUAUUUUUUGUGAAGUACCCACAGGGUUAAGUUAAAAUAAACCAAGGGAUAGCUUGCAUAAUUAA